AUGGCGAUGACUGUGGCGAUCAUCGUAGCACUGUUGGUGGGUUGCUGCGUAGACGUGGCGACUAGCGACGCUCUCACCCAGGAGGAGCGAGCGUACAGCGUGGCGUGCGUACCCUACACAGGUUCUCCCGCCACCGCAGGGAAAUAUCCCAACACCUACGCUUCGGUCGACAAGCGCGCGGCCAACCAGACCGCGGUGAUGGGGGCCUUCUUCCCGCCCGAGUGUCGCAGCCCGCUGGUGGCCCUGACCUGCAUGGGCUCCUUCCUCCGCUGUCAGUUCAACAGCAACUUCCCCCUCUUCGAUGUUUACCCUCCGUGCCGCAGCGUGUGUGAGGCGGUGGUGCUUGGCUGCACAGCCUUCUUCGAGUCGCAGGGCAUGAAGAAGAUGCUACCAGACUGUGACAUGAUCGACAACAGCACCGGCACGCCAUUCCCGGCCUUUCCGCCGGACGGCACGCAAUGCGUCGCGAUGCCACCAGAUAUGUUUGUGCCGUACGGCGAGGCGGACUGUCCCUAUCCGCUCAAGUUCAACUACGACGAUCAGGACUCGUUUACCGCAUCGAGCUACGACCCGACGCAGAUGUGCGUGAUGCCCUGUCCCAACCCUAUGUGGUCCGACGCCGAAUGGACCGCCGGAGUCACCCUCACGCUGGUCGUCAACGGCACCUCCGGCAUCCUCUCCCUAUUCAUCGCGAUCAGUAUGUGUCUGAUGCCUGGCAAGCGACGGUUCCCCGGCACCCUCUUCAUCUACAUCGCGUCCUGUUUGGCGGUGCUGAGCUUCAUUGUAACCUUUUUCCCUAUCAUUUCUGGCGGCGUUACGCGGAUGGCUUGCACGCGGGGCAACCCGCCUCUAGAGGUCACCUUUGACAAUGCUCGCGAAUACGAUGGCGCCGGCGUGCCGUGCAUUCUGCAAGGCGUGGGCAUCCUGUACUUCGCGCUCGUGUCCAGCCUCUGGUGGCUGGCGCUUUGCCUGAGCGUGUUUGACAUGGUGUAUCUCCGACGAAGCGUGCAUCUCAUUCGCAAGUGGCACAUUCCCUACCACUUCAUCGCCUGGGGUCUCCCCUUCUGUGCCGUCAUCGCCGGGUUUGCUGGGACGGCAUACGGCGCCGUGCCGGGCAUCCCCUGGUGCUUCCUGCGGGACAGCGAGUGGUGGUCGUGGGGGCUCUUCUACUUUCCUGUGGCAAUCUUCCUGAUCAUCGGGACCAUCGCCAUGACUUUCUCAGUGUAUCGGUUCAUCAAGGUCGCCAUCUCUAUGUCUGUUCGGUUCCGUUUCCUUGGCCGGUCGGGCGAGUCCAUAGAGCAGGUGGUGCGGCUGCUGUUGCUGCUGCUAGUCUACUGGAUGGUGCUGAUCUACCCCUGGGGCUUCCGAAUCUACUCUCGCGUGAUCGAAGACGACAUUGCGGACGCAUUUGAAAAGCAGAUAAGAUGCAGUGCCGCCACAGGGACUCAAUGUGAGCUGGAAGAGCGGCUUAACAUUGGCGCGUGGUACCUGGUGCAAAUUGCAUUUGGUGCUGGAGGGUUUGCGAUGUUCAUGUGUUGCUGUUCUUCUGAGGUGCUAAGGCUUUGGUGGAACAUCAACAAGAUUAUAUUCACCCAUUCCUUUAGGGACAGUCUGGUGGAGAUCAGGUGGCAGUAG